UUAGGGUGUCAGUUUAUUUUCAACUGCCGAUUCUAGCGAAAGCGAAAUCAUCUGCUCCUUGUGAGGUCGAACCGAACGAAACGAAACCAUAUAACUGUGCUGGCGGUGCGUAUUGAGCGCGAGCUGAUUAGGAGGUGCUCGCUCGUGUAUUGGUGCAGAAUCUGUGCUCUGUCUGCCAUUUCUCUGAGUGAAAUGUGAGUUGUGUGGGAAAAACGGGAAAGCAUUUUCCGCGACGAGUUUUCCCAAGGAGGAAAAUACCGUGACUUGUCUCUGUCGGAGUGUCUCGGGUGUGCGACGGAUCAGUCUUGCGGCGGACGUGUGCGAAGUCGAAGGUUUUUCAGAGUGCUCAACUAGAUCAACGCGUGUUCUGUGUCAUUGCUGCUCUUCUCCAACUCACAAGAAGGGAAAACCUCUAUCUAGAGCAUGGUUUAGACGGAUUUGUGGGAGAACCAUAGCAAGCGUGAAAUAGUGUGUUGUAAUAAAAAAGUGAGAAUUAGCAUUUUUUCUUCGCCUACUUAGUUCGUACUUGAGAGUGAGGAUAUAGUUUUCCACUGUUCUCGGUUAAUCUUGGUAGACCGUUAACCGCUGAUGUAAUUAGACGAGUAUUCUAUCGGUGGAGAUAUUUUCGGGACUCGCGCUGGAAGGAAUUGACCUAGUAAGAAGAAACAGAAGCAGAAGCGCAAGCAAUGAACCACCAGCAACAGUGAAUGUACAGGAAUGAAAGAGUGAAACCAAAGCCAAAACAGCGAACCGCGCAUCAAACCAAAUGAAUUUAUAGAUGUAUUUUUUGUCUGUUACCAAAUAUUUGAAAAGUAAGAGUUACUAGAUAUGAAUAGUAUUGUUAUUAUCAGUUUAUGGAUAUUAUUACUACUUAACGAAGUUUUAUGUCAAGUUCCAGAUGAAACGGUAAAAGUGUUACGGAGCGAAAAGGUGGAACUGACAUGCCCCAUCGACGUCGAUACCUGCGGCGAGCUGCACUCGCUGAAAUGGUUCAAGGGCACCGAUCGCAUCGCGGUCGUUUCCGGUGACGGCGAGGUGGCCAAGGUCGAGGGCAGCUACAACGACCGGGUCUACCUGGCCCACGAGAACAAGCGCAGUCGGCUCAUCUUCAAGAACGUGGAAAUCUCCGACGAAGAUACAUAUCUGUGUGAAACCACAUUUUUAGAGCCCUCCGAGGCGUGUGAAAACUCGGGAGCAUAUAGUAUAGCACUAAAUGUUUAUGCCAUUCCUUCUGUAAUAGCACUUCAGGAUGGCAGUAGGAAUAGUAUUAAGAACGGGUCUCACAUCGGACCAAUGCGGGAGGGUCAGGACCUGCAAGUCGUUUGCGAAGUAUACGGCGCCCGUCCAGUACCUGUGAUAAGUUGGCAUCGGUCGGGAAGUGUUGUUAGAGAUUCACAGAUUGUGGAGGAUCAUAAUGGGCUGUUUACAGUAAAGUCAACAUUAUCGCUCACCCUCUCGCGACAGGAAUUGGGCGCCACCUACAUCUGCCGCGUCGAGAUGAAAGAGUUGUCGCUGGUUGUUGAUAAUCAUUUUCAUAUCGAUUUACAAGUGAGACCUACAAAGAUCAAUUUAUCGGGUGUCGAACAUCACACGGUGCAGGGUACCAAAGUUUUACUACAGUGCCAGGUGAGCGGCGCUAGGCCGGCGGCCAACAUGACAUGGUACAACUCGACCAGGCUGAUACCGGACGAAACGAACGAAAUCACCUCCGUCAGCACACAAACGUAUCUACAGAACGACGGCACAUUCGAGACCAUCAGUCAGAUGAUUUUCACCGCAACCCGCUUCGAAAACGGUGCAUCGAUACGCUGCGAGGCGGACAACAUUGUGAUGCGCCAGGAUGGAGACCGCCCACUGCACGACACUCUCACCCUCGAGGUCAUGUAUCCACCGGUGGUCCGGGUCGGAGCGGAGAAUAUCACAGUCAACGAAACGCAGGAUUUUCUCCUCAAGUGCGACUACGAGGCAAAUCCGGCUUCGCUCGAAAGUGUCAAGUGGUUCCGAAACGAUCAGGAGAUCAAACUGGACAGCAGGCGGCACGACGGGGGUAAUCCGGAGAACAUCGGACUCAUCAUCAAGAACUCGACCCGGGGUGACAUCGGAGCGUACAAAUGCGAACUGGCGAACUCCAUCGGGAAGGACCUGUCCGACAACGAAAUCAAUGUUGAUGUGUUGUAUAAACCAACGGUGGUGCUUAACAUGGAUCCGGAAACGCCGGUGAUCGAAAACGACCAAGCCAACAUCACCCUGCUGUGCAACAUAGUCGACGGCAAUCCACUGCUGCUGACCAAAGUGCGUUGGUUUUUGGAUGGUGAGUUCCUGAAAGAGCUUCCCGAGUGCGAUGACGAUGGCGACGGAAACAGCUUGGGAGACGAGAAUCUGUGCGAGGUUGACCCGACCAAGAUGUUGCUGCAGAAUGUUGGAAGAGAAUUCAUCGGAAACUAUUCCUGCCAAGGUUUCAAUCUGGGAGGAUGGGGCGACAUAAGCGAGGAGAAUUCGCUUGAUAUCUACUAUGAGCCGGGCAAUGCAACAAUAACGCAUUUCCCCUAUAUUGGAAUCAAAAGGCGAAGCGUUACAUUCAAUUGCUCGGUGGAAGACCGAGGCAAUCCACCUGCUACUCGUUUCCGGUGGUUGAGGGGAGAUAAGCCGGCAAAGGACGUGGUGACUCCAUCGUGGACAGUGGAUCCGGUGGGUUUGGAUUCGAGGACGACAUUCACCUGUUUCGCCUACAAUGAAGGUGGAGAGGGUAACGCUGCCGUAGCGCAUUUAGAAGUGCAUGCUCCUCCGGCUUUUGUACAAAAACUGCAUCCGUACACCGGAGCUCUCUAUUCCACUUCAAAUAUCUCAUUGGCUUGCCGUGUGGAAUGUGUUCCGUCGUGUGCCAUUUCCUGGUUCAAGGAUGGCGUAGGAAUUGAGGACUAUGAUGAGAGGUAUUAUAUCACAAGUACUUAUUUGCCUGCAGAACCGGCCACGGGAGAUUUCGAGAGUGCUUACUCUGUGCUGCAUUUCAACAUGUCUGCCUGGCCUGACGGUAUGCUGGAUCGUAUUCGUGAUAGCUCCAACUAUUCAUGCGUCUCAUCAAAUAACUCAGCAGGCCCUGGGGUUCGCAGCACGACGUAUUUCGGCGUGGAAUAUCCGCCGGAGAACACAUCCCUUUCGAGUCCAAGCAUUUCGGUGGAGGAAGGCAAAAUUCCCCCACGAAUUGUGUGCUCUUCCCGAGCCUAUCCGGAACCGGAGUUUAGCUGGUGGCGAAAUGCGGUCAACAUUGUGAAUGGGAGCUCGCUGAUCGUUAAUACCGUGAUGGAGAGGUCCGAUGCUGGCGUUUACACGUGUGUUGCAUCCAACAAACAUGGCAACCACUCGACCGACGCCGUCAUCGAUAUACACUACAAACCAACGUGUACCAUCACCCGGAAGGAGGUCAACGAUGAGGACAUUCUCAUCUGUACCGCGAUCGGCAGUCCCAAAGAGUCCGAGUUUGACUGGAGUCUCAAGUACGAAAACGACACACUGCAGAACCACAAAACGCGAGGCGAUGCAUACGAAAGCAUCUUGGUGCUUGAAAAUGACGUCUCGGCGAUGCGAACCUACGUUUGCGUGGCCACCAAUAGCGUCGGAAUGGGAAAGCCCUGCGAAAUUGAAGUUGCCGGCUACGUAGCGUGGUGGCUCAAAGGAGACAUACUGACGCCAUACAUCCUAAUUGCGGCCGUCGCUGCCCUGCUACUUGCAGUGAUAUUGAUUUGUGUUAUCAUUAUCUGCAUUUGUCGCCGAAAGAGAAGGCAGGAUAAGUCGUCCAUUCAAAUCGAGGAAAUUGAAGAUGCGGAGUUCUCGUUCAUGAAGAACCAAAGAUCUCCAACCAAACCCAAACCAGACGCGUCGGAAAACAUCCAACAGUACGACAAAACAGUCAGGUGGCGAAUCCGCCGGUUCUUCGAAAAGCGCAACAGUAUCGAUCUGCUCAAACUGUCAACGCAAAAUGUUAUUACUUAUGUUAAAAAGCCCCAAGUUGCAACAACAACACCAUCAGCAAACGCGAACUCAAUCUCCGCCAAAGAACCACAGCAAACAAGCGAUGAUAGAAAUGCGAAUGUACCGUCAACUAGUGCAGAUGUAGUAGUUACUGGAGGUACAUCGACUGCUGGAGAAUCCCAAAUAGAACCAGGAGAAUAUGAAAAUCUACCCUUCCACGGUAUGCAGACUCCUCCUAAGAAGGCUAUGCUAGCAAAGAAUAGUCUCGCUCCAGCAGUCAAGUGUCCUAACAAGUCGUUAACACCCUCAUGUUUCCCAACCCAUCCGUACAACUACAUCAACUAUCAGCAACGGGACAGCAAUAGCAAACCGACCGCAAGUCUUUCGUCCUACAACACAAGCCAAUCGACUGUGUUAACUAACCAAAGCAAUAUGUCCUCGUUGUCGAACAGCCAGGACUCCUCCAGCAACACUAACAAUUCCUAUCACAGUAAGACUAUCGAACGGAAGAAACCAAAUCAACACCAGCAACUGCUGGACAACAGUGACACUCUUUCAACUCAUAGUUUCUCUUCGGGGAAAUCGCUCAAACGGCCUCCAGGUCCUGGUGGAACCUGUGGUGAAAACAAGAAGCUUAUCGACCUUGAAACGGUCACUCCGCUGUACGAGAAUCUAACCGAUUCCAUUCAGAUUCAUGAAUCCCCGAUGGGAAAUGCUGGAAAUGGCAUCGGUGCCAAAUUUGCAAUCGACGGUCAAGAACGGUACAAAAUCAGUUUGCGAAAGCCGAGAAAGUCCAGCAGUAGGUCGAAUAGUGCUGUUUCGAACAGCUACUAUGACUGUAUCAAGCCCAUUCCGGCACCACGACAUCGGAAGUAUGCGUCCACCACUUCACUGUUUUCGAAAAAUAUUCAGAUGUACAGCAACAAGCUGGAUCCGAUCUACAUGAACCUUCCGGUCAGCUCUGGCUACGAGACGGAUCCCCGAUCGAACGAUGAGUUCAACAGUAGCGAGUGUCCCUCUGCAUAUGACAACCAGUACUUCGAGAUAACCCAGCACCAGACACGUAUCCUGAUACCGAAAGAGCUCUUCCCCGUAGAUAGAAGCAAUCAGGUCAAGAUCAACCAAUUGCUCAAAAAGAACUUAGUUUCCUCGAAUCGUCGUCAUAUUAAACUGCCUUUACAAAAACAUCAUAGCUUUAAUUUCCAAUCCUCCCAAACUGUGGAAGCGACCGUUCGCGAUCUCAAGAUCAAAUCGCACUCGAUCAGUUCGAAAACCUUACGAGACUACCGCAACAGCAGCAAUAUCAGCAGCAGCAACAACAACAACAACCACAUCAUCAACAGCAGCAGCAGUAGCAACAACAUCAGCGGCAACAGCAACAACAACAUCAUUACUAGUAGCAAUUUUAUCAGUAGCAAUAGCAAUAGCAAGUUCCCAACUAGCAACGCCACCAAUCCGUUCAUCAACAGUAGCAACACUCUGGCAACACUGACCAGUAGCAGUAGUAGUCGUCGCUCACUUGCAGUUGCCCGGCAGCACACAACCCUGGCAACGGCAACGCUUGCUACGGUCCGACAGCAUCCAACCAGUAGUCGAUCGCAGAGCGAGGACGAGAGUAGCAGCGAUCCAGAACCGAUCAAGCCGCCACCUCCGCCCCCACACUAUCACCAUCAACCGAGCAAACCAAAGCACUCACACCACAGCACCCUAGUAGUAGGAGAAAGAGGAGGGGCAGGCAUCAUCACAUCGACGACGGCCGCGGGCUCAAUCAUAUCCGCGCCGCACUCACAAAUCUACAAGUAUGAUACUAACUCGAUAGCCUUCAAACCUAUCACUCCUGUGCCAACGAGUACUCCAGCAAUAACUAACUCUAAAUCAUCGGUCAAUAAUAUGUGUAAAGACAAAUUUGCUAUUAAAUAAUAAAACUAAUAACAAAAAAGCGAAAUGGAUGCAAAACAACAACAAAAAGGAAGUAAGGGGAAGAGAAACUGAGAUCUGAGAUAACAAAACUAACUAAACUGAUUAGAA